CAAUUGUGGUCAUGAUCUGUCCUAUCACAAGCGUCAGUCUGUCCCCAAAUACAACCAACAUCGACCUGUUCUCAGAACAAGGCGUGCUGAAUGCCACUUCACACUCACUGGCCGGCACCGUCACUGUUCGACUGUCCUCUCAUACAGUCAUCCGAGCCAUCUUCAUCAAACUAAAAGGCGUAUCAAGAAGCGUACAUCAACGAAAUCCAGAAAGACUAAGAAUGACCGAUACACAUGCUAUGUUUGUAUUAUGCAAGGAAAAAAUGUCCUUACUAGACUCACCCAAGCCUUUCAAUGCUGGCGAACAUACUUUCUCAUGGACCUUAUCGUUCCCAUGCGACGGACUACCACCCACCAUCAACCUACCGCAGCACCAAAUCGCGUAUUCCAUAUCAGUACGAGUCGUGGCGGAUGGCUAUCUUCGUCGUCCAUCUCUAUGUACUAGCCUACCGGUGACUAUCAACCGCCAUUCGCUUGGUGCUCUUCACCUUGCCUCUUAUAUACCUAAUAUCCGAUAUCGUGGACAACGCGCCGAUAAGAUACGAUACGAAUUCGAGCUUCCCAAGAUGGCGUGUAUGCAAUUGGGCCGCUUCGAUUUUUCUGGCAAGUUGGUCAGCUUUCUUGAAGGCUGUCGGGCAGUCAAAAUUGCGGUUAGACUUGAUCAAAUCGAAACCUACAGUCUUGGACAAGCAAUACUGGGCCUUGAAAAACCAUCCUUCAAGCAGACUGCUUCGGAUGGCAUAAUAUCUCAUGUCACUCAAAUUGGACAAACCGAAUUCAACAUCGAACGCUCCAAUUCUUUGACACAAUUCCUAUCAUUACACCUUAUGCUCACAUCGCCCUUGGUAUCGCCAACGUUGAAAUCGAAAGCAUUGGAUAUUUCGCAUAGGUUAAGGCUGCGUCUGUACUUUGAGUCCGAAAAGGAAAUGGCUUUAUCAUUUCCACUGGUGAUUUCCACCGCCCCGGCGCAAGAACCAUUAUCCAGUCCACCAUCGUCACCUAUCUCACUCAAUGAAGAAGGUUGGUUAAGGGGGCUCAUCUCAGAAUACGACGACGGUGUCUACCCGGUCUCUGCAGAGCAACUCCCAAGUUAUGAUGAUGUUUUAUCGGAAGGUUUGCCACCACUGGUAUUUAUGGACUCCUUGACUACCCCUCUGUACACAUGAACCUUGUAAAGAAAGAGAAAAUCCGCCGUGUUGAUCAUCCCAUCGCACUUGUACAUCUUUGUUAUACCCUACUUUAUUAAAUUUGUAUCUCACGACAUGUCAGUACAAUAAAGAUAUCCCUGUAAUUCUACAC